AUCCUGAUUACUGCAGGUCCCUACCGAUUUCUCGCCCGUCUAGAGACAUCGGCCACUUUAAAGACUGUGUCCUUAUUCCGUGCCUUGCUCCCAUAUCGACAAAAAUUGAUUCACGUACGAUGGAGUGGUGAAGGGUUAUGGAUUCCACUGGGCGAGACAGAUUUCGGGGUUCCUUUUGAAAACCAUACAGCCCAUCCGGCAGCGGGUCAAAUACUGUUAUACCCCGGUGGUAUCUCGGAAACAGAAUUCUUGUUUUGUUAUGGAGGCGUCUCAUUUGCAAGCAAGAUGGGCCCAUUGGCGGCGAACCAUUUCUUGACCAUAACAGAGGGACAGGAAAAUCUGCGGUCGCUUGGGGAGUUAGUUUUAUGGAAAGGGGCUCAGGAUGUUGUAUUCGAAAUUGCAGAUGAUGAAACGUGA